AUGUUUCUGGUUUGGGUUGGAGUUGGCCUAUUGUGUUAUUGGGUCUAUUACAAGUACUUUAUUUGUGAAAAGGUUAAAUUAUAUUAUGAUAGUAAUAAUUCGGAUAUUGAAUAUUUAGUAAAACAUACAUACAAUUUGAGGAGUGAAUUUUGUCCAACACCCUAUUUAACAAAUGAACAUUUACAAACAAUUUUCAACGUUGCUUUUAGACCUGAUAUUAAUUGGUUUUCAUAUGAUUCGGAAGAUUUUACUUUUAGUUGUGGUGGAAGAAUUAUUCUUGACUGGGUUCAUGAUAAUCGUCCAAUUGAGGAACAACACAAGGAAAAUGAAAUUACAGAUGAAUCACCAAUUAUGAUUGUUUUUGCUGGAGUUUGUGGUGGAAGCAAGGAAAUUGAAAUUAAACAUUUUGUCUCAAAUGCUGUUAGGGAUGCCUGUAUGAGAGCUGUGGUUGUUAAUUACAGAGGUGCCCAAACUGGUCUCAAUACACCAAUAUUUGGACUCACAACUGAGGAUAUGGGAAUAGUUCUUCGUCACAUCAAAUCAAAAUAUCCAAAAUCAAAGGCCAUGAUUGGGUGUGGUUUUAGUUUGGGUUCAAAUAUCAUGACUAAAUAUUUGGGAGAAGUUGGCUCAGAUACACCAAUUGAUUUUGCUAUUGCAGUUUCAAAUCCAUUCGAAUUGGGAAGAUCAUCUGAAAGACUCAGGACUGAAUUUAUUAAUAAUUUAAUUUAUGACAAGGUAUUUACAAAGAAGAGAAAGGAAUUGAUUCUUGCUCACGAACAUCUCUAUGAAAAUACUCCUGUAAAAAUUGACCAAGUUAAACGAGUUAGCUCAACAAUGGAAUUUGAUGAUGCUGUCUCUAAAGUGUUGCUUGGCGGUGAUUCGUUAUCUGGAUUUUACCAACAAUGCAGCUGCUCUGAUGAUGUAGCUCAUGUUAAAGUUCCUAUACUUUUCUUGUCUUCUUUAGACGAUCCAAUAUCAUGUAAGGGUGUAAUUCCUUACUCUAACUUUGCUAAAAAUUCUAACACUAUUUUAGCUACAACCAAAAGAGGUGGUCACGUUGCUUGGUUAGAUGGUAUGGCACCUUACAAAGCUCUUCCUUCUUGGAUGGAAAGAACGUGUGUUCAGUUUGCAAAGGCAUGUGUUGCACUCAAAGAAAAGAAAGGUCAAUAA